GCUGCUCAGCCAGAGAAGGAGGGGAUCCACACAGCCAAAUUGAUGCUAGUGGGCAUCUGAGAGCGAAUACUCUUUGGAAAACAAGACGACAAAUCUUCACUUAGCGCAGAGCGGCCGCGAGUAACCUGGACGUGAUGGAGAUGUCUGAGGCGUUGUCACAGCAGGAGCGACUCCAGGCUAUAGCGGAGAAGAGGAAGAGACAGACAGAGAUCGAGAAUAAGAAGCGCCAGUUGGAAGAUGACCGCCGGCAGCUCCAGCACCUCAAGUCCAAGGCACUAAGGGAGCGGUGGCUGCUGGAUGGAGUCCCCUCUGGAGGUCCGGAGGAGGAUGCGGCCAAGAAACAGCUGCAGGAGGACGAGGCCAAGACGAGAGCGCUGGAGGAGACCAUAAACAGAAUGGAGCAGGAACUGCAGGAGCUGGAGACUGGUGUGUCUGCAACGUCCACCAAAGACAAUCUGUCAGAUGCCACCAAGGAGGAGAGUAACACAACCGACAGCAUAGUCUCGGCUGCUGCUUCAGUAAAAGAAGUCAAAGUUCAGCAUAAAGUUCACCACAGCCCUCGUCUGGUGAAAUCCGGAGAUGGCUCUGAGAUGAUGAGAGCAGUGGUCCAUGAGGUCCGUGGAGGUGGACGGGUAGUGGUGGUCAACGGCGCCCAUCAGCUCAGUUCCUCGGAGGUGGAGGAGCUCAUUCUGAAGGCAGACGAGGUCGUCCUGAGUCCCAGCCGACGCCUCCCCCCCCCCACCCCCACCCCCACCCCUACCCUAUCCCUACCCCUGGCCCGAGGUCGAGGCGGCGGCCCGCCCAUGAUGGAGAUCAGGGGCAUGGAGACCAUGCGGGACGGGGGCGGUCCGGAGGUGGUUGCCGUGGGCAACGUGAGCGCGGAGAACCCCGUCACCAUGGUGUUCAUGGGCUACCAGAGCGUGGAGGACGAGGCCGAGACCAACAAGGUCCUGGGCCUAGGCAGAAGGUCGGCUCAGGUCAUCGAGGACGGCCAGAACAGCGCGGCCACGGGCGCCACUCACCACCGCACUGCGCCCCGCUGA